GAUGCAAUCGGCGACUGGCCACGCCGUCAGCAGCUGCGUCUGAGGAGGUGGUGCGGCCGUGGUGACGUGGGGGCUUCCGCACGUAGAAUGUUGUGACAGAAAGUUACCAGGUCGGGUAGCAACAGUGGGGACACAAAGGAGCCAACGUUCGAAAAGAGAAUGUGCGGAAUUUUUGCCUACCUGAACCACCUGGUUCCCCGAACAAGAAGGGAAAUUGUUGAAAUCUUAUUCAAAGGGCUUCAAAGACUUGAAUACAGAGGUUACGAUUCUGCAGGUAUUGGAAUUGAUGGAGGAGAUAACAAGGAUUGUGAAGACGAAGGGAAACAAAUCUGUAUCAUUAAAAUAAAUGGUAAAAUAAAGGUUUUGGAAGAGGAAGUAAACAAACAAGAAGAUAUUGACUUUGAUGUUGAACACAAAACACAUUUUGCUAUUGCACAUAUUCGCUGGGCAACACAUGGUGUUCCUAAUCCUGUCAAUGCUCAUCCACAGAGGUCAGAUAAGGACAACCAGUUUAUUGUUAUUCAUAAUGGCAUAAUUACAAACCAUAAAGAUCUGCGGAGGUUCCUGGAAAGCAAAGGUUACGAGUUUGAGUCAGAGACUGAUACAGAAUCUGUUGCCAAACUGAUCAAAUACGUGUAUGAUAACAGCGAGAAUGAGAAGAUCAGCUUUGCCACUUUGGUGGAGAGAGUCAUCCAGCAACUGGAAGGUGCUUUUGCCUUGGUGUUCAAGAGUGUUCACUUCCCUGGGCAAGCCGUCUGCACUAGACGGGGCAGUCCUCUGAUGAUUGGUGUGAGAAGUGACCAUAAACUUUCGACAGAUCACAUACCAGUUCUGUAUCGCACGUGUAAGGAAUUAAAGACGACUUGUCCCCUGCCUCGCAAUGAUGCUUCUACCUCUUUGUACCCUGUUGGGGAAGAAAAGUCAGUGGAGUACUACUUUGCAUCGGAUGCCAGUGCAAUCAUUGAGCACACAAACCGUGCGAUUUUCCUGGAGGACGAUGAUGUGGCGGCGGUGGUGGACGGCUGUCUCUCUAUUCACCGGGUCGAGCGCACGGCGAGUGACUGCCCGGCGCGUGGCAUUCAGAUACUGCAGGUGGAGCUGCAACAGAUGAUGAAGGGAAGCUACAGUUCUUUUAUGCAGAAAGAAAUCUUUGAGCAGCCAGAAUCGGUGGUGAACACAAUGAGAGGAAGAGUCAAUUUUGAAAAUAACACAGUGAUCCUUGGUGGAUUAAAGGAUUCAAUUAAAGAGAUCAGAAGAUGCAGACGUUUGUUAAUUAUUGCUUGUGGAACAAGUUAUCAUUCUGGACUGGCGACACGGCAAAUCCUAGAGGAGCUGACCGAGCUGCCGGUAAUGGUGGAACUUUCCAGCGACUUCCUGGAUCGCAGUACGCCUGUCUUCCGGGAUGACGUCUGCUUUUUCCUCAGCCAGUCAGGUGAAACUGCUGACACUUUAAUGGCCUUGAGGUACUGCAAAGGAAGACGAGCCCUGACUGUUGGCAUCACCAACACCGUGGGCAGCUCGAUCUCCCGCGAGACUGACUGUGGUGUUCACGUCAACGCUGGACCAGAAAUUGGUGUGGCCAGUACAAAGGUCUACACAAGCCAGUUUGUGGCCCUGAUAAUGUUUGCACUCAUGAUAUCAGAAGACCGAAUAUCGAUGCAGAAAAGACGGAAGGAGAUCAUUCAGGGGCUCCAGUCUCUGCCAGCUCAAAUAAAGGAAGUUCUAAAUUUGGAUGAGGAAAUCCAGAGAUUAGCUCGCGAGCUGUACCAGCGGAAGUCUGUGCUCAUUAUGGGUCGUGGUUAUCAUUAUGCCACAUGCCUGGAGGGGGCGCUGAAAAUUAAGGAGAUUACCUUCAUGCACUCCGAAGGAAUCUUGGCGGGAGAGUUGAAACAUGGGCCGUUGGCCCUGGUGGAUCAUCGAAUGCCAGUCAUCAUGAUUGUCAUGCAGGAUCCCAUGUUUACCAAGUGCCAGAAUGCAUUGCAACAGGUGGUUGCUCGCCAGGGACGGCCCAUCCUGAUCUGUGAGAAGGAUGAUGAGGAGACUGUGAAAAAUGCCUACCGAGCCAUCAGGGUUCCUCACACAGUCGAUUGCCUGCAAGGAAUCCUCAGUGUUAUCCCUCUCCAGCUCCUGGCUUUCCAUCUCGCUGUCCUUCGGGGCUACGAUGUGGACGACAACAAGCGUUUGAGGAAGAUCGAGGCCGAUUAUGUGCCUAUGUGAGGUGUUGCAUUUAUCGUGGGGACUGACCAUCAACGUUUCGGGAGCUCCUCUUAUCCACUUAAAGCUGGUGGCGGUUGAACUAUGUAAAGUGUAGCAUGCAAAUUCUGCUCUUAAUUGGCAUUAUUAGGUAACAGAAUAUCUUGUCAAGGGAAACUGAUGGAUUUAUCAGGAGUAGCUGAUCCUUGGAAUUAUUUGGGACACUUCACUCUGUCUUGCAUUUGGGCUGGGGGAGGCUGGGUGCCAACACUUGGCAGAAUCCAACUCCAGGAGCAGGUCCCACCAGCUGACCCUCCCUGGCACAGUACACCAUGACCAGCAUCUCCGUGCACACCAACCCUUUGUGUUCUCUCUCUCUCUCCCUCUCCCCCCCCCCCCCCCCACUCACCUUGUCUUUCUCAGAUGUUGAGGGGGUGAGUGGGUCUGUAGUUGGCGCUUUGACCCAAUUCUGCAAAACUUUAGGUAGAGCCUUAGUUGCAAUUGUCUUUGGUGAAUUUUUGAACUACCUCCUAUUUCAGUACGCCUCUCCAAUGUGAUACCUGCUGCUGGCUACUGUAUUGUGGCCCAGAGAGUGGGACAAUCUGUUUUCUCCCCAGCACACUUCUCUCCAUUGCCCCAACAGUUGAGACAAACAUUUCAAGGGAUGGACCUUUGACUCUGAGCAUUGAAACUGCCUGGGAAUAACUGAAUUUGCUGCCUGACAGAAUCAGGAAUGAGAUGUCUGUAAUACGUGGCUGUGUGCCGUGAAUGCAAACAAAGUUAGGUGUAACAUAGGGCUCAGAGUUCUAUAUGGGGCUUCUGAGGUAAUGCUGCACAAGCCACUUUCUCCCAGCCAUUUGUCUAAGCUCUGCUUAGGUCUUGAUUUUCAAGAAGGACUCUUGGUACUCCAAAAGAAACUCCAGGAUAUCAGGGCAGACUUUAUUAAAACUUUUGCUCAUUUUGGUUGAGUUUAAUUUGUACUCUCUGUUCACAAUGAGGAUAACCUCAAAAAUUCCUCUAGCUCCACCCUGUUGAGAGUAGAUAUCUUACCAUAAAGGAACUGUAGGUACAAAUCUCAAGUUGCAUUGCAUGUACUUUCAUAAAGAAUUUUGUAAAAGAUGUUGGUAUACAGGUUCCCCCCACCAUUUCUUCCCCCCCCCCCCACUACCCUUCCACCUACCCCUCCCCCAACACUAUUGACUUUGUAAACUCAAUUAAACUAGAAAUUCUGUUCA